AUGGCCACCCUACGAGCUCCCCGAAGCCUGCAGAGACUCGUCAGAAACACACCGUCACGACCAACACAAUGCCGACCACAACAAUGGACACCCACCGCCACACACCUCCACCACCGCCCUCGACGACACCUCACAACCUCCACCCCUCUCCUCCGUGCCGAAGCCACCGACGCCUUCCACUCCCAACUCUCCAACACGCCCCCUGACUUCCUCUCCCGCCCCGCACCUGCACCCGUCACCCCCCAGACCCUCACGGAGAAGAUCGUCCAACGCUACUCCCAAGGUCUCGCCGCCGACAAAAUAGUAAAAUCCGGGGACUACGUAACCCUCUCCCCCCACCACUGCAUGACCCACGACAACUCCUGGCCGGUAGCCACCAAAUUCCUCUCCAUCGGCGCCACCAAGAUCCACGACCCGCACCAGAUCGUCAUGACCCUCGACCACGACGUCCAGAACAAGACGGAGAAGAAUCUGAAAAAGUACCGACAGAUUGAGGAGUUUGCCAAGGAGCAAGGGGUGGAUUUCUAUCCGGCGGGCCGCGGCAUCGGGCAUCAGAUUAUGGUGGAGGAGGGGUAUGCGUGGCCGGGCACUAUGGCGGUGGCGAGCGAUAGUCAUAGUAAUAUGUACGGUGGGGUGGGGUGUCUGGGGACGCCCGUGGUGAGGACGGACGCGGCUGCUAUUUGGGCGACGGGGAGGACGUGGUGGCAGAUCCCUCCUAUUGCGCGGGUCAACUUUACUGGGAUCUUACCUGAGGGUGUGACGGGCAAGGAUGUGAUUGUGGCGUUGUGUGGGUUGUUUAAUAACGAUGAGGUGUUGAAUCAUGCGAUUGAGUUCACGGGGGAUUUCCAGACCAUGUGGUCUUUACCUGUGGAUGAUCGGUUGGCUAUCGCGAAUAUGACUACCGAGUGGGGUGCUCUGUCUGGACUCUUUCCCAUCGACGAUGUCUUGAAAGGGUGGUUGAGGUACAAGGCCACGGAGGCGAGUAUGUACAAAGCCCCUUCACCCUCCGCCAGCCUGACGAGCGAACGAUUCAACCACCAAAGACUAGACGAAUUGUUCGCCAACCCCCUCACUGCCGACAAAGGCGCAACAUACGCCAAAGAGCUCUUCCUCGACCUCUCAACCCUCUCCCCUUACGUCUCCGGCCCCAACAGCGUCAAAGUCGCCACCCCACUCAACGAACUCGAAGACCAAAACAUCCCGAUCAACAAAGCCUACCUCGUCUCCUGCACCAACAGCCGGCGCUCCGAUAUCGCCGCCGCGGCCAAAGUCUUCAAGAAUGUCUCGACCACAAACGCCGACGGCACCAUCGUCCCGGCUAGGAUAGCAGAAGGAGUCAAAUUCUACAUCGCCGCUGCUUCAUUGCCAGAACAGCAAGCUGCGGAAGAGCAAGGAGACUGGCAGGCUCUUCUAGCCGCUGGUGCGGAACCCUUACCUUCUGGCUGCGGACCGUGUAUCGGCCUUGGAACCGGCCUGCUCGAACCAGGCGAAGUGGGCAUCUCGGCGUCGAACCGCAAUUUCAAGGGUCGGAUGGGGAGUACAGAUGCCAAAGCCUACCUUGGUUCUCCCGAGGUCGUGGCGGCUAGUGCGUUGCAAGGGAGGAUCGCGGGGUCGGGGAUGUAUGGGCGUCCAGAGGGAUGGGAGGGUGUGAAGAGUGGUGAGGGAGAUGGGAUUGCGGAGGAGGAGCGGGUGAUUUCGAUUGAGGAUGCGUUGGACAAGCUGGUGAGGGAGGCGGAGGCGGCUGUGCAGGAGGGCGAGGCGAGGAUAGCUGGAGGAGGGAGCAGUGGCGCGGAAGCCGGCACAUCAACCAGCAGCACUACAACGAAAGAUUCCUCGGAGCAAAGACAAACCGACAUCCUCCCCGGCUUCCCCGAAAAAAUCACCGGGGAAAUCCUCUGGUGCGACGCCGACAACAUCAACACCGACGCCAUCUACCCGGGAAAAUACACCUACGACGACGCCUUCUCCUCCUCCCCGGCCAGAAUGGCUACUGUAACGAUGGAGAACUACGACCGCACCUUCUCCUCCAUCGCCCGCGAAGGUGAUGUACUGGUAAGUGGAUUCAAUUUCGGGUGCGGGAGUAGUCGUGAGCAAGCCGCGACUGCCAUUCUCGCUAAGGGGAUGAAAUUGGUAGUGGUGGGGAGUUUUGGGAAUAUUUUCGGGCGGAAUAGUGUUAAUAAUGCGCUUAUGGGGGUGGAGGUGCCACGGCUUAUCGCGAGGUUGAGGGAGGUGUUUGGAUCAGGCUCGGCGGCUUCUUCUCCUUCUCUCUCUUCUUCUUCUUCUUCUUCUUCUUCUGCUGUGGCUGGUAACAAGCCGCCGGCUAUCACGGAACCGGCCGCCAACGAACAAUCGCUCGAUUCGCCUCCUCCUGCUCCCGUCGACAAGAAGGAAAAGGAACUUACGGUCCGCACGGGAUGGACGUUCACGUGGGAUUUGAGGAGGAGUAUGGUUGUUGUGCGGGAAGGUGAGGGGCAGGGGGCCCAAGUCUGGGAGCAGAGGGUUGGGGAGUUGCCGCCGAAUGUGCAGGAGAUUGUUGCUAGGGGCGGAUUGGAAGGGUGGGUGAGGGGGGAGAUUGGGAGGGGUGGUUGA